GCUGCUCUGAGCGCAGGUUCGGGGCGCUGUUCCAGGGAAUCUUGGACCCCGCUUCUGCUGUCGUGACCCCGCGAAACCAGAAGCCAGCUCCUCCACAGCUAUGGGAAUCCAGGGCCUGGCCAAGCUGAUCGCCGACGUGGCGCCUGGCGCCAUCCGCGAGAAUGAUAUCAAGAGCUACUUCGGCCGCAAGGUGGCCAUCGACGCGUCCAUGAGCAUCUACCAGUUCCUGAUCGCCGUGCGCCAGGGCGGGGACGUGCUGCAGAACGAGGAGGGCGAGACCACCAGCCACUUGAUGGGCAUGUUCUACCGCACCAUCCGCAUGAUGGAGAACGGCAUCAAGCCCGUGUACGUGUUCGAUGGCAAGCCGCCGCAGCUCAAGUCGGGCGAGCUGGCCAAGCGCAGCGAGCGGCGGGCUGAGGCAGAGAGGCAGCUGCAGCAGGCCCAGGCGGCCGGCGCCGAGGACCAGGUGGAGAAGUUUACCAAGCGGCUGGUCAAGGUCACCCCGCAGCACAACGACGAGUGCAAGCACCUGCUGGGCCUCAUGGGCAUCCCGUACCUCGACGCCCCCAGCGAGGCCGAAGCCAGCUGCGCUGCCCUGGUGAAGGCCGGCAAAGUCUACGCCGCUGCCACCGAGGACAUGGACUGCCUGACCUUCGGCAGCCCUGUGCUCAUGCGGCACCUGACGGCCAGCGAGGCCAAGAAGCUGCCCAUCCAGGAGUUCCACCUGGGCCGCAUCCUGCAGGACCUGGGCCUGACCCAGCAGCAGUUUGUCGACCUCUGCAUCCUGCUGGGCAGCGACUACUGCGAGAGCAUCCGCGGCAUCGGGCCCAAGCGGGCCGUGGACCUCAUCCAGAAGCACAAGAGCAUCGAGGAGAUUGUGCGGCGGCUGGACCCCAGCAAGUACGCCGUGCCGGAGAACUGGCUGCAUAAGGAGGCCCAGCAGCUCUUCCUGGAGCCCGAGGUGCUGGACCCCGAGUCGGUGGAGCUUAAGUGGGGUGAGCCCGACGAGGAGGAGCUGGUCAAAUUCAUGUGCGGGGAGAAGCAGUUCUCCGAGGAGCGCAUCCGCAGCGGUGUCCGGCGGCUGAGCAAGUGCCGCCAGGGCAGCACCCAGGGUCGCCUCGAUGACUUCUUCAAGGUCACCGGCUCACUCUCCUCCGCCAAGCGCAAGGCGCCCGAGCCCAAGGGGGCGGCCAAGAAGAAGGGCAAACCUGGGGCAGCCGGGAAGUUCAAGCGGGGAAAAUAAACGGUUUUCCUUGUGGCACACUCUUCCCCCCCCCCCCCCACUCACACAAAUA